AUGGUGUUUCAGCUGCAGAAGAUGAAGCAGCUGAGGGCCGUGUAUCCAGAGAAGAAGGUGUACACGCAGCAGGUCGGUCCAGGCUGCUGCUUCGGCGCUCUGGCUCUGAUGCUGCGUUUCUACUUUGAGGAGUGGGACUAUGCCUAUGUCCACAGCUUCUACCAUCUGUCUCUGGUUGUGUCCUUCAUCUUGCUGCUGCCAAAGAAGAACCGAUACGCAGGGACGGGACAAAAUGCUGCAAAGCUCAGCUGGUUCACUCUCUGCUGCUGUAGCAUGUCCCCUGGUACUUCUAAAGAGAAGACAGACAAGCCAAAGAAGAAGCUGUCUCGGACUGUGUGGACAGUCCCCACCGAGAAGCCGUGGACACGACGCUGCAGCACCCCCAUCCUGCCCCUUUUUAAUCCCCCACCCUCCACACCUGUCAAAGGGACCAGCAUCAGCAAGCUAAAAGAGAUGAACGGCUGGAAGUGAACCCAAAAACAUAACUGUCAGUCGGUCUAACGUAGGAGGACUUCAUCCUGAAGAACAGGCAGUGACAGUGGCCGGCUACGAGCGGGAAACGGGAAAAUCACCAAAUAACUGUCAGCCAAAUGCUGAUAAACUUGUAUGUGGCUGGUAAGUUAAUCUUCUUCAGCAGGAAACCAACCAUCAUGUGGACGUUCUCCUCUUCUCCAAAACAUCAUAUUUGGCUGGUAGAAUAUUUAAGGUCAGCAGCGACUUCAGGAAUUCUCCAGCCACUGACACUAGUAGGUUAAGAAGCAAAAGGAUCCUGAUGUGUGUGGAGUCAGGCCUCAGGUGCCCUCAAAGACCCGAUAAGAGCACAGCUGUCUAAAGCACUUGUCCAAAGCUGAGGACGCUACGAAAGAACACACACAGCACGGACAGGGAGACGGUGGCUGAGACAAGCCAGUAAAACUGACUGGAAAAUUUAUGAGAAGAACAAACAGGCAGAUGGUUUAUCUCUCCAAAAUAUAUAAAUUGUCUUUAGAAAUGUUCCUCAGGGGAGACGCUUCGUCUGCUCGCCUCUGUCUGUCCGUCCCCCUCCUCUUUCUCCUUCCCGUCUCUCUCAGGGAAAGGAAGCACGCGGCUGAAUUUGUUUAUGAGAAUUACAAGACUGUAAAGCACAUUUUACCGUUUUUAUACGUCCUCGAGGUGCCAAAUGUGUCAUGUGGAGCAUCAGACGUUGGAGAGAGGGGAAGUGGCGUCCCAGACGUCAGUCUGUAACCCGACUGAAGCAUCUUGAUGUGUUUCUGGAUCAGCAGGUGGACUCAUCUGUCUGUUAACUCUGGUUCACUGACCGAGCAGCUUUGGCUUCGACUUCUGUCCCAAAUGUGCACUGUUCAGACUGCUGCAAACUUUUAUCAUUAUCAUUAUCAUUUUGUUAUUUAUUGCAGAUUGUAUAUUCA